GCGUUCCCUGUUAGUUAAUAUUGCGCGUAUUUCUCUGAUGAGAUUACCAGCGGUGUAAGACCUACUAGGAAUCAAAAGAGUAUCCAUCAAGAAAUGUACGUACACGAAGGUAAUCAAUCGAUUAGCUCAGUGUCACUAAUGCCUUCCCUCCUCAAAUCAAAAAUAUACUUUCGGCACUGCAUCAACCGAGGGAUAAUUAUUGCUAUUGCAUUAUACCAAAUUUGCCAAACUCACCUGCCAUAUUCAUGUUCCUCUUCAACAUGUCUGCUACAGUGUGAUCUGCCAUUUUUGAUUAUCUAUGAGUCC